GGUGUCCAGCUACUCAUGGCCCAGGCAACUGCGUUGUAUAUAAGGCUGGCAUACCUGACUCGAGUCACCAGUCCAAGCCACCCCUUCAGGCCCACAGCAAUCAGAAGUCUGAAAACCACAUCGCCAACCGGGUAGCCAUGUCGUCCACCAUCAACGUAUCGCAAGAUGCCAUCCUGGAUUUCCUCCGCAAAGUCGACGUUGACUUCCCGCAGUACACUCGAGACCCCGAGCUCGAGCGGCGGGUAAAGGAGAUCGUCAAGCAUUGGGGCGACGAGCAAGCGUUGCGGCCUUAUGUGGUCACGGCUCUUAUCCUCACCAUCACGGCCUACGCCCACGUCUCUGACUUGGAGACGAGGCUGCUCAUCACCCUCUUCACCACGCUGAUCAUCGCCAUGGACGAUCCAGUCGUUUUCAACGGACUUACGCCCGUCGAUUUCCACCGCAAGAUGUGCACCGGAGUCGUCCAGCAGGAGCACGGCAUGCUCAGCGAGCUCACCAAGGUCCUGCAGGGAAUGUGGGACCACUAUCCCAGCUUCUCCGCCAACACCAUCUACGCGUCGGCGCUCCGAUUUGUGAACGCGUCUGUCAUGGAGAACGAGUGGCGUGGCGAAGCGUACAAUCUCGAGGCGCGUCCGUUCGUGGAAUACAAGCGCAGCAUGACGGCCACCACCGAGGCGUAUGCAUGUUUCAUCUGGCCGCGAGCUCAAUUUCCGGAUUACCGAGUCUACGUACGGGCGAUACCAGACACGAUGCUGUAUGUGAGCUACGUCAACGACAUUCUCUCCUUUUACAAAGAGGAGCUUGCGGGCGAGAAAGACAACUACAUCCACGAGCGAGCAUUGUCUACUGGAUCUUCGGUGUCGGACGCUCUUCAGAGCGUCAUUGACGACCUCAUGGUGGCUGUAAAGCGUGUUCGCAGCGUUCUCGGAAACGGAGAAGCCAGGGCGGCUUGGGAGAACUUCGCAGCUGGGUACAUCAGAGUGCACACCGACAAUCCGCGGUAUCGCUUGAAGGACAUCCUGGGUGGUGAAUAUAUUAUUGAUCUGACGAGCUAUUGAUUAUUGCCUUAUUACAUUAUAUGUAUUGGUCUCCUCAGAAUGUAGAUGUGAACUUAUCAGUA